AUGGCCCCUCUGGAAAUCAUGAAGAAUGAGCAUGUGGAGUCCGCACCCAAUUCAGUGGCGGAUGUUACUAAGGGCGACAUCAACAGCGCCGACCAAACGCCUGUCAUCCCCAAGAGCUUCAACCUCUUAAGUGCCUGUGCCACGGGAAUUACUACCGGCAAUGCCUGGGCGGUUCUGGGAGGUGGAAUUAUCGCAUCUCUUCAUAACGGCGGCCCUCCUGGUGUUAUUUUUGAAUUUGCCGUGGUUUCCUUCUUUUAUUGCUUCAUCGCGGCGUCCAUCGCGGAACUGUCUUCUUCGAUUCCCGCCUCCGGAGGAGUAUACCACUGGGCAAACAUAACCGCCGGCCCCCGGUAUGGUCGGAUAUACGGCUGGUUCGCCGGCUGGCUCAAUGCUCUGGCCUGGGUCUUUGCAGUAGCAUCAAACACCUCCAUGACGUCCACGAUGAUCAUAUACGCCUACGCACUGUACCAUCCAGACUUCGAGCCCGAGCGCUGGCACGUCUUUAUCUGCUACCUGGUCGUCUCCUGGACGUGCUGUCUGACUGUCAUGUUUGCGCAGCGCGCGCUGGCCUGGAUCAGCCGCCUGGGCUCGUUCUUCAUUAUCGUCGGGUUCUUCGUCAGUAUUAUCGUCUGUGCUGUCAUGCCUAGCACCAGGCCUGGGGGAAGGUACGCUUCUAAUGACUUUGUAUGGAGGGAUUGGGAGAAUAUGACCGGCUACUCGAGCGACGGGUUUACGUUCCUUGCUGGGAUGCUGAAUGGGGCUUUUGCUAUUGGGGCUACGGACUGCGUUACGCAUAUCGCGGAGGAGAUUCCCCAAGCGCAGAAGAAUAUCCCCAAAGCCCUGGCCUGCCAGAUCAUCAUCGGCUUCAUAACCGGCUUCUGCUAUCUGAUCACAAUCUUCUACGCCAUGACCGACCUCCCCACGAUAAUGGGCAAAGACUCCUUCUGCCCUAUCGGCGAUAUCUAUCUGCAAGCAACAGGCUCCAAAGCAGGAACAGUCGGCCUCCUCACUGUAAUCAUCGCGCCCAUCUUCUGCGCCACAAUCGGCUGCUACAUCACAGCCGGCCGGAUGGUGUACGCCCUGGGCCGCGACGACGCCACGCCCUUCGCUGCGUGGAUCGGAGCCGUAAGCCCGCGCUGGGAGAGCCCGCUGUUUGCAACCUUAGCAUGCGGGAUCCUGCUCACAGGGAUCGGGGCGAUAUAUGUUGGCUCGCUGACAGCAUUUAACGCCUUUAUUGGCUCGUUUGCUGUGCUUACCACUGUAUCCUACCUGUUGGCGAUCUUGCCUCACGCGCUGAGUGGGCGGAAGAGGAUCCGGCCGGGUCCGUUCUGGAUGGGAAGGGUUGGGAUGGCGGUUAAUCUGGUGGCUUGUGCGUAUAUUGCUGUCACGGUUGUGAUUUAUUGUUUCCCGUAUGCGCUUCCGACUGCGGCGGACUCGAUGAAUUAUACUUGUCUUAUUACCGGGGGACUGACUAUUCUGGCGGGGGUGUGGUGGGUUGUGCAUGGGAGGAAGAAUUACGUGGGUCCGGACUUGGAGAUGUAUGCGUAG